GAUUCGGUCGCUGUCCUGCAUGUGAUGGGUUUUGUUCUCAUCAAAUACAGAUAUUACAGGUGACAAUUCAGUAUAUCAUCAUGGGCUAUGGAAAUUACUCUCAUGACUAUGCAUAGCCAUAAAACAUCAUGGACUGCUUAGAUUUAUGGAAUAGGAUGAGAAAUAAAGGGUAAAUGCAAUCACAUUAUCUACAUAGACCAUUUAUCACUGACAUUAAUUUGAUUAAAAACACCUAUCAGGUGAAACUGUGCAUGCAGUACUUUCUCUGGACCACUAGUCGCUGCUCUUUCCCUUCAGUAUGAGCGCAAGGCAACACAGGGGGCUUUUCAGUAGUUUGAAAAUGUUAGUAGGACUCUGAGCGGGUCCUCUGCUGGGAUUGGUUUGAGAUCCACUAUCUUCUUUCCGUGAUUGGCCAAGAGGUGUUCAAGGGGUGUGAGAAGUGGAGGGGAGGGGGCCCAAGGUCUUUCUCGCAUCCGGCUUCACCUAUUCCCUUCGUGCCACAAGCCUCCAAGUAUUAGGUUUUCAUACACUGCGUACAGUACGGUUUGAAAUGUGACUCAAAAUAAGCACUGGUGGAAUACUAUUCUGUGGCAGCUGAAGGACUUGUGUUUACACCUUUUUGAAAGGGAGAGGAAAGGCAGACCACCUUUGCCAUGCCAGUGGAUUUGUUUGCGAUUUUAUGCGUGAUUGCUACGGUUUACGCAGUGGAAGAGACAGUGAUGGACACGCGGACGGCAACAGCAGAGCUGGGUUGGAUAGCGUAUCCUGCCUCUGGGUGGGAGGAGGUGAGUGGUUACGACGAGAACCUCAACACCAUCAGGACCUACCAGGUGUGUAACGUGUUCGAGCCCAGCCAGAACAACUGGCUCCUUACCACCUACAUCGACAGACGAGGGGCUCAGCGUGUCUAUGUGGAAAUGCGUUUCACUGUCCGUGAUUGCAGCUCCAUCCCCAGUGUCCCUGGCUCCUGUAAGGAGACCUUCAACCUCUACUACUACGAGACGGACUCGGUCAUCGCCACCACCAAGGGAACCGCCUUCUGGAUGGAAGCCCCCUACCUGAAGGUGGACACCAUUGCGGCUGACGAGAGCUUCUCCCAGGUGGACUUCGGUGGACGAUUGAUGAAGGUCAACACGGAGGUGCGGAGCUUCGGCCCACUGUCUCAUAAUGGUUUCUACCUGGCCUUCCAGGACUACGGGGCCUGCAUGUCUCUGCUGUCCGUACGUGUCUUCCAUAAGAAGUGCCCCAGCGUGGUGCAGAACUUUGCCAACUUCCCCGAGACCAUGACAGGCGCCGAGAGCACCUCCUUGGUCAUUGCCAGAGGCACGUGCAUCGCUAACUCAGAGGAGGUGGAUUUUCCCAUCAAGCUGUACUGCAAUGGAGAUGGGGAGUGGAUGGUUCCCAUCGGGAGCUGCACCUGCAAGGCUGGCUUUGAGCCAGACAACGGCAACGUCUGUAGAGCGUGUCCCCAAGGGACGUUCAAGUCCACCCAGGGGCCAGGGCUGUGUCUGCAGUGCCCCCCCAACAGCCGCUCCACUGUGGAGGCUGCUACCAUCUGCGGCUGCCGUAACGGAUACUACAGAGGAGACAUGGACCUGCCCGAGGCCUCCUGCACCAGUGUCCCCUCUGGUCCCAGAAACGUCAUCUCCAUCGUCAACGAGACCUCGGUGAUCCUGGAGUGGCAUCCUCCAAGGGAGACUGGCGCCCGUGAUGACGUCACCUACAACAUCGUGUGCAGGAAGUGUCGUGCAGACCGGCCAUCAUGCUCCCAUUGUGAUGACAACGUGGAGUAUGUACCCAGGCAGCAGGGUUUGACCGAGACCAGGGUGUUCAUCAGUAACCUGUGGGCCCACACCCCCUACACCUUCGAGAUACACGCUUUCAAUGGAGUCACCAACAAGAGUCCCUACCCUGCUCAGCACGUGUCCAUCAACAUCACCACUAACCAGGCUGCUCCCUCCAUGGUUCCCAUCAUGCACCAGGUUAGCUCCACCAUGAAGAGCUUCACGUUGUCAUGGCCACAGCCAGAGCAGCCCAAUGGAAUCAUCCUGGAUUAUGAACUGAGGUACCACGAGAAGGACCACACUGAGUUGAAUUCGACCAUGGUGCGCAGCCAGACCAACACUGCCCGUGUGGAGGGCCUGAGGCCAGGCAUCAUGUACAUGGUACAGGUCCGUGCCAGGACGGUGGCAGGCUUCGGCAAAUACAGCAGCAAGCAGUUCUUCCAAACCCUGACAGAUGAUGAGUAUAAAUCAGAGCUAAGGGAGCAGCUGCCUCUGAUUGCAGGCUCAGCGGCUGCAGGAGUGGUCUUCCUGGUGUCCUUGGUGGCCAUCUCCAUCGUCUGCAGCAGGAAGAGAGCGUACAUGAAGGAGACUAUAUACAGUGACAAACUGCAGCACUGCAGUACAGGCAGAGAACACUCUCUGAGACCGGACAUGUCCAGCUGUCCCUCCCCCAUGGCAUGCCCCACCCACUUCUCUGGCUCGCCAGCGAUGAAGAUCUACAUCGAUCCCUUCACCUACGAGGACCCCAACGAAGCCGUACGAGAAUUUGCCAAAGAGAUAGACGUAUCCUGUGUGAAGAUUGAGGAGGUCAUUGGUGCAGGCGAGUUUGGAGAGGUGUAUAAGGGUCGCCUGAAACCGUCUGGGAAGAGGGAGCUGUACGUGGCCAUUAAGACCCUGAAGGCGGGCUACGUGGAGAAGCAGAGAAGAGACUUCUUGUCUGAGGCCAGCAUCAUGGGCCAGUUUGACCACCCCAACAUCAUCAGACUGGAGGGCGUGGUCACCAAGAGUCGGCCAGUCAUGAUUAUCACAGAGUUUAUGGAGAAUGGGGCCCUGGACUCCUUCCUGAGGCAAAAUGACGGGCAGUUCACGGUGAUCCAGCUGGUGGGGAUGAUGCGUGGCAUCGCGGCGGGCAUGAAGUACCUGGCAGAGAUGAACUACGUCCACAGAGACCUGGCCGCCCGCAACAUCCUGGUCAACAGCAACCUGGUGUGUAAGGUGUCUGACUUUGGCCUGUCCCGUUACCUACAGGACGACACAUCAGACCCCAUCUAUACCAGCUCCCUGGGAGGGAAGAUCCCGGUGAGGUGGACAGCCCCUGAGGCUAUUGCCUACAGGAAGUUCACCUCAGCCAGUGACGUGUGGAGCUAUGGCAUCGUCAUGUGGGAGGUGAUGUCAUUUGGUGAGCGGCCAUACUGGGACAUGAGUAACCAGGACGUGAUCAAUGCCAUAGAGCAAGACUACCGUCUGCCCCCUCCCAUGGACUGCCCCACAGCACUACACCAGCUGAUGCUGGACUGCUGGCAGAAAGACAGAAACGCCCGGCCCAAAUUCACUGACAUCGUCAACACACUGGACAAGAUGAUCCGCAACCCUAUCAGCCUCAAAGCUGUGGCCACCAUCCCUGCAGUGCCUUCUCAGCCCCUGCUAGACCGAUCCAUUCCAGACUUCACCACCUUCACCUCUGUGGAGGACUGGCUAGGUGCCAUCAAGAUGGGGCAGUACAGAGACACUUUCCUGGGCUCUGGCUUCACCUCCCUACCCCUGGUGGCUCAGAUCAGCUCAGAAGACCUGUUGAGGAUAGGAGUGACCCUGGCCGGCCAUCAGAAGAAGAUCCUGAGCAGUGUCCAGUCUAUGAGGGACCAGAUGGCCCAGUCCCCCACCUCCAUGGCCUGACCACAGGGUGCGCCACCACCACCCAGAGACAACCCACCAGGGAGCCCAUAGGAAAACUCCUGAUGACCCUAAAGAAUACACCAGGGUGGAGACACUAACCUGAUUUAAAGAACGACCAUGUGGCACAUACAUAACAGCAUGCCCGCUCCCAACACACACUCUCCACACCUAGGUAAAGAGAGUUAACCGAAGAUACAAAGGGGUAGAAGAUAAGAUUCUGCCUCAGGACAACUUCAAUGGUUCAGUUAAGGUAGUCUAUAAAGUUGGCUUCUUUUUUGCUGAAGAAGAGAGCAAGCGAAAGAGCAAGGGUGUCUGUUUGCUUGCUAUGACAGAUGGUCAUAAAAUGCUAAAAGAAAAUAUAUUUUAAAAAACGGUGCUACUUUAUUGAGGAUCAAUGGGUUGACUUGGCCAAAGGACAACAUCAAACAGUGUCACCCAGAUUGGAAAAACAAACAAAAGGGUACAGAACUAGUCAAACGUUUGGAGACACCUACUCAUUCAAGGGUUUUUCUUUAUUUUUUACUA